GACGAAGUGAGCGCAAUGGAUGCAGUCAUUUCCCUCCUCAUUCUUGCAGUUUUACCACACCUGGUUGUGUCUGAGGUUCCCACUGUGGCGCCAUAUAGGUCAGUUGUUGAAAUAGUUUCUGGGAGGAGCCGUAUAUUCAGCGGGGAACCUCUACGCUUGAGAUGCAACAUUGAUGAUUUCUACAAGUCCACGUGGAAUUACCUUUGGUUCAGGGGAUCUGUGCAGCUUCCACAGUCUGGGGAAAUAUUCUCGCUGUGGAAGGCCAACAUUAAAGAGAGCGGCAAAUAUUCCUGCAAAGGAGAGAAGGAGACGCAGAUAGGAAGCAUAAAAACACACAGAAGUCCACCUGUAGAGAUCAAUGUUGAUGGUGGGUUUGUCAUCUUGGAAACACCACAACACCCUAUUCUUGUUGGAGAUAGCCCCCAUUUGCUGUGCCGUGUCCGAGGGCAGGUUCCCGUCCAUCAGACGGUCCUGUACAGAGAUGGAACUGAAGUGAUGGUACAGAACGGGAGCAGCUUAUAUCUACGCCUCCCCCAUGUGACCCUGAGGGAUCAAGGAAUGUACUCCUGCAGAGCAUCCUGGGAUAUGAAGAGACGAACAUACUCUGUGUUGUCAGUUACUACUCCUGUGAAUAUUUUAGAGGUUCUAACCCUGCCGGUGUUGGAGAUUGAUGACAAAAACUUACAGCCCACAGGAAAUAAAAUGAAGCUGAUCUGCCACACCCAGUACAACGCCCAUGCACCUGCCCCUCCAGUUAACUACUAUUUUUACAAGAACAACCAUCUGCUGGGACCGGCGAAAUCACAAAACCACAUCUAUGUCACACGGGCACCAGGAUGGUACAGCUGCAGAGCCAAGGUGCCAAAGCUGGAUAUCAUGAGGUGGAGUGAGCCCAAAAGCUUUGGAGAUGUUACAGGACUAGAAAUGAGUUUUCCAAAUGGUCAUCAUCAUCAUCAUCAUCACAGAAACCAAAUGUCAUCAUCUCCUUCUGUGUCACACCCACACUUCUCCUCGAAUCCUCCAACUCAACCAACAACACCAAAGCAUUUGGAUCCAACUCUGUCUUUUGAUCUGGACACAGAGUUGCAUCUGGAGUUACCGGUCUUAACUAGUCGGCCACCUCCAGACCAGUUUCCAGGACAAACCAACACUCCAGAACCCUAAGGUGUGUUAUGAGGGAUUUCUUUUAGAAUGUCCUUUGACAUAUCUGCAAGUCGGUCCUAUUUCAGCUCCUUUGGUCCAGUUUCC